AUGCAACUGAUUAUUCCCCUAAGUUUUGUAUGCUUUGGCAUUGCCCUAAUCGACACUUCCCUCUUGCCUAUGCUUGGCCAUCUGGUCGACACCCGACAUGUGCCCGUCUACGGUUCCGUCUACGCAAUUGCGGACAUCUCCUACUCUCUUGCCUACGCUUUCGGGCCUAUCAUUGCCGGCUGGAUUGUAGGAAAUUUUGGCUUCUUUUCCCUGAACAUGAUCAUAUUCCUUAGUAACGUGCUCUACGCACCAGUGAUAGCAAUUCUUCGAAAAGUGAAUAGUUACGAUGCCCUAGAAGGGAAGACUGAGAUGAUGACGGCUGUGAAGAACGAUAACUAUGCUGAAAUUGAUAAUGCCAAACAGAUGACGGAAGCUACUCCAGCUCAGGGAUUCCAUGGAAUGAGUUACGGGACCACGACGAGCAACUAUCAGGAGAGUUUCCCGCAACCCGAGUUUCCAGCCGGGUACGAUCCGCUGAAUCCACAGUGGUAG